AUGAAUGUUGAGAAUGAACGUGAACAUAGAAGCAUCCAACCAUUAGAUGGGGAACCCGUGGAAAGAAUUACUGAAACCGAAGUGAAAGUUGCCUUGAGAAAGAUGAAGAAUGGGAAGAGUGUUGGACCUUACAACAUACCAGCAGAAGUUUGGAAACACCUAGGAAAUACAGGAGUGGAAUUACUGACGAAAUGGUUUAAUGACAUCUUAAAAACUGGUACUAUGCCCGAGGAAUGGAGAACCAGCACACUGAUCCCCAUCUUUAAGAACAAAGGGGACAUUCAGGAAUGGGUUCUUUGUGACCGAAGAGUUAGUGCAGGAGUGAAGGGCGGGAUUCAUAGAACUAUUGUAAGACCUGAAAUCAUGUAUUUCCUGGAAGCUACAGCACUCACUAAAGCCCAAGAACGAAAGUUAGAAGUAGCUGAAAUGCGAACACGAAGAGAGAAAGUAAGGAACGAGUGUAUCAGGGAAAGGUACUAA